AUGAAACUUUUGUGCCUGGUGUCUUUGUUAGUGUGCGCAUUUGCACACGGCGCUGAGGUUGAUAAUGAUAUCCUUUCUGCAGUGGACCACGUGGAAAAUCAUCUAGAAAACACCCACUUGCAACUACACUUCUUAGCAAAUGAAGAAAAUGUGAGCGAAGAUGCACCUGCACUUGAAUAUUCUGACAAACAAACCCGCCUUGUGACUGAUGCUAUCGCGCAAAUGAUUGAAGACUUCAGAGAUGUGGUCAUUAAUGGAAACGAUGACCUGCCUCCGCUCGACCCUCUCGAAGUACCUGUCAUUGGACCCUUCGAUUACAAAGCUCCUGCUACCACCGCCCAGGUGACCGUCAACAACUUCCGCAUGGAAGGUCUUCAAUGGUACGUCCUUGACAGUAUCACGUUCAACGCCAUCCGACUGGCUUUUGGGGCGCACAUCACUAUUCCUUGGAUUACUGCCACGGGUACAUAUGAUGCCCGCGCGAGAAUCGGUCUCCUGUCCCACAGAGCUGGUGGUAACUUCAGAAUAUUCGCUCACCGUAUCGAGGUCGGUUUGGACAUGAGAGUGGGCACCAACCUGUUCGGUGGACAUUUGUUUCUACGUGAAUUGAACAUCAAAAUUGAUAUCCAUGACACUCACAUCCAAAUCCAUGGCAUGACUGGAUCCAACAUCAUCAAUGGUUUCAUCAAUGGCAUGAUCCAGAACAUAACACAGGAUCUUAUCCAAUCGGAGAUGGAGAAUGUUAGUCAAAUGAUCAGUGAGGAACUCUUUGACGUCAUCAACGACGUCCUCAAGGAUUUCACCAUUAACGAUAUUAUGGGAUAG